AAGAAACAUAACCUAAAUACUUAGUUUCGUUUUAAUGUAAAGCAAACUCUGUUAAAGCACAGAGUUAACGGACAUGUUUGUUACAUGUAUUAGCAGAUAGGUCUUUUAAUCAGACUACUUUAUAUACCAGGCGCUUAAAAAACUUGAUUUUGUUAAGGUCUGGCAACCUCGAGAGUUGUGUUUACACUCUACCGGGAAAGAUGCGUGUUUCCCAGAAAUCAUAACCUACGAAGGAGGACGAAAUUUAAUGUCGAAUGAGCGACUUGAGCUUUACCGGAAGUUUAGCUAAACUAGAUUAGGAAGUGCCAGAAAAGGCGGCGACACGGAUUUCGUGAUUAUUCUGGAUUUGUUUCCGGAAAGAGAAGAAGCAAGGGACCAGCCGGACCCCAAGAAUUAUCUUAAUAUCAUCUCAAAGCAUCUUGUUUCUAUCCGGUGUCUUUUACUGACUUUUUCGCGCGCUUUUUCUCUCCUCGCGACGAAUGAGCCAUGCAGACUGUGCUCGAGAAGAAAGUCUUCCUUAUCAACACCCUGUCUGCUGACGCCAGCUUCAUCUUACAGUAUGCCCAACAGGAUAAAAUCAUCACCAAGCGUGAAUACAGCAAUCUUAACCAUAGUAACCACACACAGGAGAAAAUUGUGACUAACCUUUUGGACACUGUGAUAAACAAGGGUGAUGCGACAUGUUGCAAACUUGUGGAUCUCCUGCAGAAAGAAGACAUUCAGGCCAGUUUCCCUGAGCUGCAGAAGCUUUUCAUCCCCGCACCUACAUCACGCAACCAGGAGGAUCCAGUCAAAGCAGCCGAUGAGAUUACUGAAUACAAAAUGUCCAGCAAACCUUGUGGUCUCUGUGUGAUCAUCAACAAUGUGAAUUUUGAUCCACCCCUCAAAGACCGCUAUGGAGCUCAUUCGGAUGAAGAGUCUCUUAAAAUGGUGUUCCAGUGGCUGGGUUUCAGUCUGCGUGUGCACAAAAACCAAACCGCAGAACAGAUGAAGGACCUGCUGAAGACCUACAGCCAGCAACAGCACGAUGGCGACUGUUUUGUCUGCUGCAUCAUGAGCCAUGGCUCCAGUGACGGGGUGCAUGGCACAAAUGGAACCAUUGUCUCCAGAGAUGACAUCUUUGGCCCGUUCAGUGGAAAGUCAUGUCCGAGUCUAAUCAAUAAACCCAAAGUGUUUUUCAUCCAGGCUUGCCGUGGAAAGGAGUACCAUCUGUCUGUUGAAGUCCAGCCUGAUAGCUAUGAGGAAGAGGAAGUGGAAGCGGAUGCGGAAAUGGAGGAUGAAGCAUCAUUCGAGACGGAUGCUGUCGAGAUGAGCACCUUACCAGCUGAUGCAGAUUUCCUCGUGGCGAGGUCGACCGUUAAAGGAUACGUAUCUUUCAGGGAAACAAUUUCGGGCUCUUGGUUCAUCCAGUCCUUGUGUAAGCAACUCAAAAAGUACUGCCCAAAGGGUGAGGAUGUUCAGACUAUCCUGCUGUGUGUCAAUAAGGAGGUCAGUGAAAAAGCUGCCAGACUCCGAAUCACAGGUAUCGCUAAACAGAUGCCUGUCCAUAAAGUGACCUUGAGGAAGAAGCUGGUGUUCCGUGUGCCAAAUCCGCAGUAGAACGUUUAUAAUGAGCAUUUCCUAAUGAGCAUUCCACAUCCACCUGUUUUCAAGUUUCAAUGUUUAUUGUUCUUGUUAAGCUCAGUUUUAGCUAAUACUUUAUAUUUGUUUGAUUGAUGCAAGUUAAGAGUAAAUUUAAAGUGAAUCUGCAAUUACAAAUUUGGUUUUGCUUUAAACCCUGUCUGAACCUUAUUUUUUAUUCAAAAAAAAAAAUUAACCUACUGCUAAUUAUGUACCAUGAGUCAUAAUUAUGUAUAAAAUAGGAAGGAAACAUCAGGAAUUUUUAUGGAAAAUUUUUAUAUCAUUAUUUACAUUCGUCAUAUUUUCAUGUAAUUUUUUUUAAAUUGAUUUUUGAUUUGUACCUGAAAAAAACAUGUAUCUCUAAAGCACUCAAAAGGGCUUUAGUCUCAAAAGGGACAAAUAAUGCAUGCGAAUUGAACUGACUUUGAUUUAUAAAGUAACAAACAUUCAGCUAAAAUAAUGUUUGUUCAGUGUAUUCAUGACUAAAUUGUCCACGUUGUCGAAUUAAAGAGAAAAAUUAAAAUGUCUUUUUUUUAAGAAAUAUGGACAUGACAUAUUUGAACAUUAUCAGGCAAGUUCAUGUUUCUUUUUUGUUUAAUUUCAUUAAUUUCUUUUCCAGUCUAUCUAUAUAUACUGUAUGUCCUAUAAUUUAUACAUUUCAUUAUAGAGAAAAUAUAACCACUUAAGAGAAGUAAAUGAAGUAAAACUGUUUAGCCUUUUUGUUUAACCUAAUAAAUUUCUAAUAAAAACAUUUUUAUAAAAAUACUUGUAGCUAUUAAAAAUAUAUAAUCUGUAGUCUCCUAUAGGAUAUACAAAGCUGUGCUCUAAACCUAGUGAUGUAUUAAUCAUUUCAUAUAAAUGGAUAUCAAUUUAUAAGACUGUAAUGCAGCUUACAUCCAUUUAUUAAGUAUUUUUUAACAAAAAGUACAUCAUUUAUAUGAAAAUAUUUUCUAUAAUUCUGUUUGCCAUCCGAAAGAAUGACACUUUUUUUCCUUUUGUCAAAAAUAUAACUUUAUGGAUUUCUUUAAUAUGAGUGUGACUCAAAAACAAACAGUAUUUUUUUUUUUAUUUUUGCAUUGUUUAUUGCAAAUAAUUGUCACAACAGUGCAUCAUUUUUCUAUAUAAUCUUUGUUUUGAUCAAUGCAAGUGUUUCAGGAUUUAGGAAAAAAAAAAUCUUGUGAACCUUAAUCUGAAAUUAAGGUUUGCACUUGAUUCUCUCGCAUACAUUUAUAAAAUAAACAUUAGGGUAAAUAA